AUGUUAGGAAUCCGGAACGGCAAUAUGUUGGUCAAGUGCUGUGCCGGUGCCUCCAGCGUAACGAUAUUAAAGAACAUGCUCUCAGAGGGUUACGUAGCAGACUACUGUACCGAUGUGGUCGAAACGGAGCUAUGGGAGGAUUAUUGUCGAAUAUGGGAAUAUAUUGCGGAAGUAAUAAGCUGGUCGAUUAUGUGUGAAGUGCGGCAUUUCGAAGGUCCAAGGCCUUCACUGGGUGAUUUUAAGGCUGCAUUCAGAAGCGCAGAUGCCGAUAUACGGGAUCCGAGCCCUCUCCUAGUUCAUGUACUCAAACGACUUGUGCUGCUAAUGCUAAAUCGUAUUGGCACUUACAUACGCACAUUAUAG